AUGAUACUGGCUUCGGUGCUGGGGAGCGGACCCCGGGGCGGGUCACCCCUCCGGCCUCUCUUGGGGCCCGCACUCUCGCUCAGGGCCCGCUCCACAUCAGCCACCGAUACCCACCACGUGGAGAUGGCACGGGAGCGCUCUAAGACCGUCACCUCCUUUUACAACCAGUCAGCCAUCGACGUGGCAGCAGAGAAGCCCUCAGUCCGUCUCACUCCAACCAUGAUGCUCUAUUCAGGCCGCUCUCAGGAUGGCAGUCACCUUCUGAAAAGUGCCCGCUACUUGCAGCAGGAGUUGCCAGUGAGGAUCGCUCACCGCAUCAAGGACUUCCGCAGCCUUCCUUUCAUCAUUGGCUGCAACCCCACCAUACUGCACGUGCACGAGCUGUACAUCUGUGCCUUCCAGAAGCUGACAGACUUCCCUCCGAUCAAGGACCAGGCGGAUGAGGCCCGAUACUGCCAGCUGGUGCGACAGCUGUUGGAUGACCACAAGGAUGUGGUGACCCUCUUGGCGGAAGGCCUGCGUGAGAGCCGGAAGCACAUAGAGGAUGAGAAGCUUGUCCGCUACUUCUUAGACAAGACAUUGACUUCAAGGCUUGGGAUCCGUAUGUUGGCCACCCACCAUCUGGCACUACAUGAAGAUAAGCCUGACUUUGUUGGCAUCAUCUGCACUCGCCUGUCACCGAAGAAGAUUAUUGAAAAGUGGGUGGAUUUUGCCAGACGCCUGUGUGAGCACAAGUAUGGCAAUGCACCCCGAGUCCGCAUCAACGGACAUGUGGCAGCCCGUUUCCCCUUCAUCCCGAUGCCACUGGACUACAUCCUACCUGAGCUGCUCAAGAACGCCAUGAGAGCCACAAUGGAGAGUCACCUCGACACUCCCUACAAUGUCCCAGACGUCGUCAUCACCAUCGCCAACAAUGAUAUCGAUCUCGUCAUCAGGAUUUCAGACCGGGGCGGGGGAAUUGCUCACAAAGACCUGGAUCGGGUGAUGGACUACCACUUCACUACAGCUGAGGCCAGCACCCAGGACCCCCGGAUCAGCCCCCUCUUCGGCCACCUGGACAUGAACAGUGGCGGCCAGUCAGGACCCAUGCACGGCUUUGGCUUCGGGCUGCCCACAUCGCGGGCCUACGCAGAGUACCUCGGUGGUUCCCUUCGGCUGCAGUCACUGCAGGGCAUUGGCACAGAUGUCUACCUGCGGCUCCGUCACAUCGAUGGCCGGGAAGAAAGCUUCCGCAUCUGA